GCUUAAGGACCCUCUUUCACAAAGAUUGGUCGCGGAGCAUGCGCAUGCGUUGGAAAGGCGAUGGCUAUGGAUGACAUGUACGGAUCUGAGGGUGGUGUCCUGCCGGAUGAGCCUGUCACACGGACACAGGUCCCUGCCACAGAGCAGGGCAGAGGUGAUGCAGAUGAUUGUGCCGAGGAGCUGCCAGUGCGUACGCGUGAUUCAGAUGAUGGGCGCGACCGCUUGCGGUCACUCGCCGGUAUGACGGCUCCAGCUGCUGGGGUAGGGGCGACAACGACUCCUGGCAGGCAGGUUGCAUCCACAAAUGUGACGUUGAGAGUGAGACAGUCGACCUUGGAUCCUUUCAUAGGGAACAGGGUGCAAAAGGAUCUUGAUCGUCUCUUGGCACUUGCCAUGUAUCGAGGCGGUGUUUCCUUCAACUGGUUGCGGUUGAAGGAGACGCAGGAUUACUGGGAUAACAUUGUCACACUCCUGCGUCCAUCCAUUGUGCCAGUGCCACGACUGCUGACAUACGAGGGAGUCCGGACAAGGAUGCUGGACAUUAUUUACCACGAGGUCGCAGCACUCAUUGCCCCGAAGAAGGUAAAGUGGGCGGACACCGGAUGCACGUUGAUGACGGACGGGGCGACGGACCAGAGGAACAAGCCCAUCAUGAACUUCAUAGCAGCAGGCCAAUCUGGACCGGUACUCAUUCGUACCAUCAACAUGUCAGACAGGGACAAGACAGGCGUCAGUUUAGCGGACAUAUGGGAGAGUGUCAUACGAGAUGACAUUGGGGUCGACAAUGUGAAUGCGAUUUGCACUGACAAUGCGGAGGUCAUGAAGGAGGCGGCCAAUGUUCUGCAGUCCCMCCCCGACCCCGCCAUUGCACUCAUACCUUGGAUCCAGUGCGCAGCACAUUGCCUGAGCUUGCUGCUGAGGGACAUUGUUGCACAGCCUUGGGCCAGAUUGGUCAUGAAGCAGGCACACAAGUUGGUGAAGUUCAUGAGAAACAAACAGAGGGCGCUCACGCUGCAUCGGGGCACAGAGCAUGCGCUGGACCUCAGGCGAUCGGCGGAUACUCGGGACAUGGACCGUGACGGGUCAUCACCGCCUGGUCUGUGGGAUUUGCAGUCAAUCCUUGAAAGGAAGAUUGAUGCUCUGCAGUUGGUGGGGCGUGAGAGGGCGGCUGUCAUUGAGAUUGUGGCGGACAGGUGCGCGAUGAUGCAUCAGCCUGCCUAUGCUGCAGCUUAUUUGUUGGACCCUCGUCGACGUGACGUGACUUUGUUGCGGGAUCGCUCGGCCCCCGUUGUGCAGAGCGCACUCGACCACUUUGCACGCACCUUGGGUGGGGACUGGGGGGUGGAUGAGAUGCAUACACUUUGGGAGGCUUUGUGGACUUUCCACUGUGACGAUCCGCACUACUGGUCGGAGCAUGGACCUCACUGUUGGGAUCAGUUCGCCACUCGGGAUGCAAUAUCGAAGACCAUGCACCCAACGUUGUGGUGGAAGCUUCACGGCGACCGUUUCCAGAAGUUGCAAGCCAUCACGAAGAAGGUGCUUGGGAUGUGGUCCACAGCGACUCCUUACGAGCGCAAUUGGGCAACCCACGACUUCAUACACACGAAGAGUCGCAACAACCUUUCUACGGAGAGUGUUGAGAAGCUCGUGUUCAUUCACUGGAACAUGCAACUUCUUAAUGCGAGCAGGCGGCCGGAUAGUCAUUAUAUCGACGUGUGGGCAGAUAUGGUGGAGGACCCCCCGGAGGAGAUCGAUGACGCAGAUGUCAUCCCCGUAGACGUGGGCGAGGAGGAGUGGGAGCACAUGGAUCAGGUUAACCGUCGCAAGGAUGGUCGUAACCGGAGGAUAUCUGUAUCGACGGAUGAUCGUGUGGCAGAUGAUGAGUCCCCAUGGCAAUAUGCGGUAUGGAUGCACCGAGAAACGAUGGAGCAUACGCAGGCGGAUAGGGGCAAAGGGAAGGCGGUCGCAGAGGACCAGCGUGAUAAUAUGGAUGAGUGGACGACAUUGGACCCUCACACAGACUUCGACUCCUACGUGGAUGGCAGUUUCCAAACAGUGAGGACCCUCCGAAGGAGGGCGGGAGGUCACGUUGAUGUGGAGGGUCUAUUGGCGAGAGACGAUGCAGAGGAAGAGGACAUUCAGCGCGGCCACGAGGACGUCCUUGUGACAACUUCACAUCCACGGGCGACAGAGAUCGGGUCAUCAGGCGCUGCGACAGCACAGCGCCUCGUUCGUCCAGAGUCUUCUCAUCAUGCGGGGCCAGUCACCGUCGAUUCCACAGGUCUGGAGGCACAUGCUUCUGCCAUGAAAGAGUCCCUUGCUUGCAUCGACAACGUGCGCAGGACUAACGGGUCUUCAAAGGUUGUCGAGGACCAUGGUGCGGUGCACGGGGCAGAGCAGAGGCUGCAGGAUAGCAUGGGUGAUAGGUCAGCUCAGGCAAUGGAGCAAAGGCCACAACACAGGGAUAGGGUAGAGCAGGUGGUAGAGCAGCGUGCAGAGCGUUCGGGGAGGGUGGAGCAAAGGGUACAUCCAUGUGCUGCCUUAGGUGUAGAUCCUAGGGUGGAGCAGAGGGUGGAGCAGAGGACGAAAGUUCGGGUGGAUGUUAGUGUGGAGCACCACGUGGACCAGGGGAGAUCACACAUCGUUCGCGAGAGAGUGGGCGAGAGGAUUGACGAGAGUGUUGUCGGAGAUGAGGGCGGUGUGAUGGUGGAGGAGAGGAUAGAGGAAAGGGAUAGGGAACCCCCGCAGCAGAGUAGUGCACGAGACAUCGCACUCACCGGAGCUUCGUUCUACGGGAUUCCCCCGCUACCCCCACGUGCCGCACAGUCCUCGCAGGGGGUGGAUCUUGGUUUACGUGGCAUGUCGUCACCACAUCGCGUGGCAGCUCAGGAGCGAGCAUCUAGAGGAGUCAUGGGUGGUGUCGACCACGGCUCCAGCCAGGCGACACAGGGAGGGGGACGCAGCUUGUUAUUGACAAGUCACGUACCGUCAACCAGUCCAGCAGGCAUACCGCCGCGGCCCGGACCUGGAGCCAUCCAUUCACCUCACUCAUCCACGCUCAGUGGGGGCUCUAGUCUUCCCACGUCAGUACGGCUGUCAUCGUCCAGGACGAUUUGCACGGCCAUGCGCAGUCCAGUUGGGAUGCCCCCGCUUUCGGCACGACGACCAUCAGCCAUCCGCGAUAAUGUCAAGACAAGUCGUGCCGGCAGGAAGAGGAGACAAUGGGCGGACGACGGAGACGAGGAUCCACCCCCCGCACGCCCCAGAGUAGGCACCAGGCGACCACGUGGCCGCCCACGUGGCUCGGGCAGAGGACGAGGCAAGCAGCAACAAUCAUGGGCACUGAAUGCACUGGGGGAUGCUGAUGCAGAGACCGCUGAUCUUGGGGAGGGGAUCGCUGCAGGCGGCGGUGUCUCAGGCGGUAUCCGUACUAGAUCUCAAGUCGCCGGCAGAGAGAGGCAUAAGACCUCUUCUCGCGUGGUGGACGAUAAUCCUGAUGGUGAUGAUCACGGCAACACAUCGGAUGAGAUGUCCGGCAGUGACUACGCGGACGAGACUCAUCAAAGGGGUCAGGAUGAGGGAGGAGAUGAUGACAGCUCCGAUGGCACUGGCGACAUGGCAGAUUAGAGGGAUGUGUUGUCGUCGAGUUCAUUCUUUUGCGUGCAUGGGGAGUUGUGACACAGUGGGUCUCAAGAGGUGGAUGCAAUGUGCAUUUGUUGAGUGAUAGUGGAGCAUUGGUUGCAGCCAUGGCGGCAGAGAGAAAGAGAGAGAGAGAGAGAGAGAGAGAGAGAGAGAGAGAGAGAGAGAGAUAUUUUGUUGUUGUACUCUAUGUGCUGCACUGGUAGUGUGUAGCUUCUGUUUUCUGUCUCAUUCCCUCGUCGAGCUUGAAUCCGCAUCAGCGAUCUGCAACUUUGGUCAAUGAAUGAGUUUAUCGAUA